UAUAAAGUAAGAGUCAUCAUAGCUGAACAGGACAUACAGAAAGUGCCACUAGAUGUAAAACCAAAAACCGUUGAUGAGCUGAAGAUAAAAAUCAAAGAUAAAUGUCAGUUGCAGUAUGACUUCAAUCUUAUGUAUGAAGACCCUGACUUCAAUAAUGCUCUUAGCAACCUUGAUGACAUAGGAGACUUGCCAGCUACAAAAGCUACUGUGAAGGUCAUUCCAUUGCUGGUGACUGCCUCCACCACCAGCAUGUCUGAUGCCUCCAAUGUCUCAGACUCUACAGAGAUUCUGUCCAGACACAGCUCAUCACCGUCAACAAGACAGGAGAGAUGGCCAGAGUUCUUUGACAUUCCAAAUUUUUCAGUUGAUGUGGAAUUCAGACUGAGACAAGCUAAUCUUUUAUGUUUACGAGACAAAACAUACCUAAAUCCACGAAGAGACAUGAAGCAUUCUAUUUUGGAAAAACUUGCUGAAGCAAUUUACAAAUUUGAUGCCUAUCCAAAUGAAGAGCGGAUCCAUUCUGUGGCAUUAGCACUCAUAAGCAAACAUAUAUGCCUGAGGGAACCAGGCUCAACAGAUGGUUGUUCUGGCUGGAAGAAUAGCCUGAAAUUCAAAAUGGGAAACUAUCGCACUAAACUGAGAAGAGCAGGAUGUGUAGAAGUUCGUAUAAAUGGGGGCAAACAAGGUGCACCAGAAAUGGCCUAAAAAGACCUAAAAGGUAUGAGGUAAAUUACUUACCAGAGCUCCCUGAGGGGCAUGAUGAAGAAAGCCUAGAGACUGACAGAAAGCUCCUGGUUGAAGAAAUGAAAAAACGGAGCCCCAGUGGAACUGUCAUUGUAUCAAAGAUGGACCGGACCUUCUCACUGAGGAGACGGGAAAUUGUGGAGGCAGAACCACCAGUGAAAACUUUGAAGGAGCGAUGGCCAGCUCUUUUUACAGAGAGACAAGUGUUUGCAGAGUUCAACAGGAUAGCCACCACAAACCUGGAGAAUGACUUUUAUGAUGUAUUGGACCAGCACACACCACGCUUUGUUUCAAUCUUCAAGUCCAAGAAAGGAAAUGUUGGAGAAACAUUGGCUGAGCUUGUGCAACAAAUAGAUUCACAGAAAAAAGAUGUGACCGCACUGCGCACGCUUGUUCUUCGAGGCCUCCCGGUCCUACUUGGUGAUGACCCAAGUAAAUUCUACAACACUUGCUUAGCCGGUGACAGUGACGAGGCCUGGGCAGAAGUUUCUGUUGGGGUGCUGACUGUCAUCUCUGAAGAUGAGCCUGGAGUGCCAAAUGAUCUCCACCUAGACCCGGUAUCAACUGCGAUCAUUAUAGAGGGACAUAUUGUCAUGGAUGAUAUCCAGAACCUACCUCAUGCAGUUUGCCUCUUGUUUGGGCUUUCCUAUGCUGUGCACUUGAACUACCCUAAAGCAAUGAAAAACACUUUCACCUUCAUUCAAAGAGUGAUGCUUGGUUUGGGAGAAAAAAAACUCCCACCAAAACUCCAAACUCUUAAAAAUCUGCUGUUGAGUUAGAACGUAAUAGAGUGGUGGGCAUUAGAUAUCACUUGACAGUUGUGAAUGAAAUGAUGCACUUCUUUCAAAUUGUCAGCCUGGAUCAGGAAGUUACAUCUAGAGGCUGUGAGAUCUAAUGCCAGAGUCAUUACUCUCAUAUUGUUGCCCUUGACGCUGCUUUGCACUUAUCAUUCCCAUGGUUCUUUAGCAUGUUUGGUCUGUAAUCUGCGUGUUAUUGUUAUUACAGAAUUAAAGAUGUUGUUACAGGAUAUGACAAAUGUAUGACUUGAUCCAUUUCCAUAUCCAAGGCCAACUGAUAUAUUGGCUGUAUAUUGUCAGGAAAAAAUAUCAGCCAUUGUUAU